GUGCUCCGCGGCGCUCGGCGCACUCUGGCCCGUGGGCUGGUGGGAAGGGGCCAAAAUGGCGGCGGCCGGCGCCAGGGCCACUCGGCUGCUCCUGCUCUUGCUAAUGGCGGCCGCAGCCCCCAGCCGCGCGCGGGGCAGUGGUUGCCGGUCCGGGGCCGCUGCGCGGGGGGCCGGGGUGGAAGGUCGAGACGAGGCCUGUGGCACCGUGGGGCUGCUGCUGGAGCACUCAUUUGAGAUCGAUGACAGCGCCCACUUCCGGAAGCGCGGCUCCAUACUCUGGAACCAGCAGGACAGCACCUUGUCCCUGUCGCAGCGGCAGCUCAACGAGGAGGAGCGGGGCCGACUCCGGGAUGUGGCAGCCCUCAACGGCCUGUACCGGGUCCGGGUUCCGAGGCGGCCUGGCGCCCCUGACGGCCCAGAAGCUGGCGGCUACGUCUCCUCCUUCGUCCCCGCGUGCUCCCUGGUGGAGUCGCACCUCUCGGAUCAGCUGACGCUGCACGUGGAUGUGGCCGGCAACGUGGUGGGCCUGUCGGUGGUGACGCACCCCGGGGGCUGCCGGGGCCAGGAGGUGGAGGACGUGGACCUGGAGCUGUUCAACACGUCUGUGCAGCUGCAGCCGCCGGUCACGGCCCCAGGCCCGGAGACAGCGGCCUUCAUCGAGCGCCUGGAGAUGGAGCAGGCCCAGAAGGCCAAGAACCCGCAGGAGCAGAAGUCCUUUUUCGCCAAAUAUUGGCACCUCAUCCUGGGGGGGGCCGUGUUGCUCACAGCCCUGCGUCCGGCCGCCCCGGGGCCCGCGCCGUCUCCGCAGGAGGCCUGAGUCUGGAGGCCUGAUGGAUGUACAUCAUUCCUGUCGUCCUGUUCCUCAUGAUGUCGGGAGCACCGGAUGCCGGGGGCCAGGGGGGCGGUGGGGGUGGGGGUGGCGGAGGGGGCAGUGGCCGGUGAGGGCGCGGGGCUUCCCUCCUGCCCAGAGAGCCGGGCCUGGCUCAUCCCAAAAGGCUUCGCUGGCCCCUCCCCCGGAGCCUCUCCCCGGGGGCCCCUGUGUUCCUGCCUGGAGGGCGGUGGGGUUCUUGGCCCUGCUGCCCCCGUGGCCCCAAGGCUUCCCUCUGACCCCGGGUCCCGUCACCCCCAGCACCCCAAGCCCUGCAGUCCGGGAGCUCUCCAGCUCCGCGCCUUUGUUCUCACCCUGGUUCCGGCUGGGCUCCAUGGCCCCUACCUCCUGGGCCACACGCCUGUCCCUGUACCCUGAGGGCACAGCAGGCCGGGCUGGCGUGGGCGUGGGCGCGGGCGCCUGGCUCCGCUCCUCCCUGGCCCUGCCCUUGGGCCUGCUGCCCCUUUUCUGCCCAGGAUGCCAGGCCCGUGUCCACGUCAGCACAGAGCAGCCGGCUUCCGUGUGCAGGCCCGGCCGUCACUCCCGCCCCCGGCUGCCUUCCCCGGGCCGCGGGCUCCGGGUGAGGACGCUGGGCCUCUGCUGUUACCCCCCGCCCCCCCCCCCAAGCUUAUCUAGUUAAAACCAUUGAGAAUAUACUGAAAUACAUGAAGGUUUGAAAGUUACCUCUUCCAGCAGCCAAGUGCACCAUGGACCUGGCCCCUGGUGCAUGUGUGUGCACGUGUGUAGCAUUGCUGAAUCUCCGUGUCCACGUUGUGAAUUAUGCGGAAACCCCAGGAGAUGGCCCUCGUGUUGUCAUGGCUGCAGGACGCUCUGCGCUGUGUGUCCUGAUUAAACUGGUCCCCGGUG